AUGGUCAUUCAUUUUCUGAAUCUAGGUUAUAUCAGUCCGGCAACAGGGGUAUAUUGUAAAUUUUGGAUGUACGUCGAAUUCACACUAGAUUCGGAAAGUGUUCUAUUGGCAGCAACUAUCUCUGUUCAACGGCACCUGCUUAUCUUUCGACAGACUGCUUUUCGUUUACGACCACAACGCUAUAUCUACUACUAUCUUCCGCUUCUACUCAGUAUAAUUUAUCCCAUGAUAUUCUACUUGGUGACAGUUGUAUUCUAUCCGUGUGACGAAUCGCAAUGGAACUUCACUCUGAACAUGUGUGGUGACAAUGCCUGUUAUCUUUCAAAUGACCUGGUCCUUGCAGCAUUGGAUUGGAUUCUAAAUGCGGGUGUACCUGUUUGUAUAAUUAUGCCCGCGAAUGUGACUAUAAUCAUUCGAGUGGUUCGGCAAAAAGCACGUCGCCAUCAAGCUCUUCCGUGGGCAAAACAACGACGAAUGACAUUACAGCUGUUGGGUAUCUCUUGUCUUUAUUUGUUCACGUGGAUACCCACAGUCGUCACUAAUGUCAUGCAACAUGUACAUCCAUCCAGUGGCUUAUAUGAGAUUCAAGAAAACUACAUAUCAGAUUUGACGUACUUGAUUUGUUUGCUUCUCCCGUGGUUAUGUCUUGGACUAGUACCCGACUUUUCAAAAUGGUUGUGGAAAAAUUUUCAUCGUUUACAACAUCCAACAAACAUAAUUGGAACUACUGUUUUCUAA